AGCUUAGCCAGAUAUGGAACUUUAAGUAGUAAGCUAAUUGGGAAUUGAGAAAAUGAUUUCUUUUAAGGCGGCUCUACUGGGUCUUGUCGUCUGUCUGGCUUUGGUUCAUUGGAAUCAUGCCCGAGGCGGAGGACGAGCAUCUGAAUUCCGAAAGCAACUGCAGCUUCUGACUCUUCAGAAGUAUGCCAAGGACCAGGGCAUCGAACCACCUGCCGCGAACGAUACAAACCCAAUGGCUACCAUUAGACAACGGUUGCAGCAGAAAAUCCUGGAUGAUUAUGCGCAGAAGCUUGGACUUUCAAAUGGGACUUCCGCUGCUGGCAACUCUACUACCAGUGAUUCGAGUUCGAACCCUAGCAGUUCAAAUUCGACUUCCAACGGCUCCAGUUCGAAUUCAACCUCCGAUAGUUCGGGUUCAAAUUCCGGCAACUCAAAUUCUACUUCCCCAAGUUCGAAUUCGACCUCUGAUAGUUCGGGUUCAAAUUCUGGUAAUUCAAACUCUACUUCCUCGAGUUCGGAAUCCAAUUCCAGUAGUUCGAACUCGACAUCCAGUAGCUCUAAUUCCACCAGUUCUAACUCCGAUAGUUCAAAUUCUACUGGAUCAGGAUAAACAGUUGAUUUGGUUAUGAUUUGAUAUAUUAAAACUUAUUGAAUCAACUUUCAUGAGAUAAUGCAAUUCAGCAAAAAUGAUGUAACAUCUAUCGCAGUGUCAUAAAAUGAUCAUCGUUUUGUAGAAUGUGUGGAACGUAAAAUAAAAUAAAAUUCAAUGAAAUUUUGAACAACCCAA